UGGAAUUGAAAUAAUUGGGAAAUAUUUAAGCUUAAAUAGAGAGGGUGUAUUUGCUUUGAUUAAUUGAAUCACAUGGUUCACUCUCAGCUGCUGCGGACUAGGGUUUUUGCUUCUACCGAGAAUGCUUUUUUGAAGCAGCCUAAGGUGUUUCUUUGGUGCCUGUUUGUUUAAUACCCAUGCUGUCGGAGUGCGUCGACCUGCCCCAUGAUCUUGCUCUACAGAUAUGGUGAGACGUACAAUUUAUUUGCAUUUCCAUCGGAGUGUAACUUCUCAGGUCUUAGAUUCAACCUUGACCUGGUUAAUCCCAUAAAGGAAGGUUCUUAUCAAAUGCCCGGAACUUCUCCAACUCAGAGUGGUCACUGGAUGGUCCUGAUUGAUGCAGCAAAAGGAAGUUCAACAUGCCCCCCUGAUUUGUCAAAAUACAAGGCAGACUUUGUUGUGGUCUCAUUUUAUAAGCUAUUUGGCUACCCAACUGGAAUUGGAGCUCUUAUUGCUCGAAACGAGUCAAUGAAGUUAUUGAAGAAGACCUAUUUCAGCGGAGGCACAGUGGCUGCAUCUGUCGCAGAUAUAGACUUCUACCAAAGAAGAGAUGGUGUUGAGGAAUACUUUGAGGAUGGCACCGUAUCUUUUCUGAGCAUCGCAUCUCUUCAUCAUGGAUUCAAAGUUCUUAACACAUUAACCAUACCUGCUAUUUCCAGGUGCCAUGGACCUUCUUCUUAUCACCAACACCAGUAGAGGGUCUUGAAAGGAGGCAAGAAUUUGUGAAUCAUUUGCAUACUUGAUAUUAAAGUUCAAGCUCCCAAGCCAAUCAUUAGCUAUAAGGUAGUUGGUAUUUUCAAUUUUGAAUCGGAAUAUGCAAUGAUGAUGUAUACUUGAUAUUUGGUUCAUUUGUAUAAUAAUGUAUGAA